AUGACACCGGUAGCCUCGCCACGGCUGGAUUCAGCGCCGCCUGCAUCCAGCCAGGCAGCUAUCUGCUCCAGCGCUGCAGCCAGUGACGCCAACCGAGUCUACACCUCUGUGACCUUCCCGACGCUGCAGCCGCCUAUCAUGGACGUGCGCAGCAACAUCAUCACCCAGGCCGCAUCGGCGACGGUCGAUUGGACCCCCGGGCUGACAGAAGGCGACUGCGGCACAGAAAGCACCAGCCCCGCGCACGACAAAUUCGCGACCACACCGACAGCGUUGCUGCUGGAGCAGCUGAGGCUGCCGGCCAGCGCCUCGCGCCUGCUGCCGCCCGUUCUGCCGCCGCCGCUGCCAGCGGCGCUGCAGCAGCCACUGUGCCAUGGAGACCACAUCCACGUGCAGGUGCUGCCGGCAGCGCUCAUCUCGGUGCUACCGCAGCAGCAGCAGCAGCAGCAGCAGCAGCAGCAGCAGCAGCAGCAGCAGCAGAAGCAGCAGAAGCAGCAGAAGCAGCAGAAGCAGGAGCUUGAUUACAGGCAAAAUCAGGGCAGCUUUGACGCGGCCUACGAGAUGGGGGAGCUUCUCGGACGCGGCACAUUUGGCGAGGUGCGCGCUGCAACGGAGCGCGCGAGCGGGCAGCGGCGCGCGGUCAAGGUGCUGUCAAAGUGCGGCCGUGACAGGAGGGAGGACAUCCACCAAGAGGCAAAGCAAGAGAUCUUGCAACUUACGAGCUCCCACCCCCUGGGUGUUUGGCAGCAGGUGGAAUUUUGCCGGAAGCUUCAGCAACGCAGUGACGUCGUGCAGCUCUUUGCGGUGUAUGAGGACACAGACAGCAUCUAUAUCGUUCAGGAGCUCUGCAGCGGCGGCGAUGUGGCCAGCCUGCAGGCGGUGAGCGGCGGCCGCGUCGGGGAGCGCGAGGCGGCGACCAUUAUGCUGGGUGUGCUGCGCUUCCUGGAAAACGCACACCGCAGGGGAAUCUGCUAUGGUGGGUGA